AUGGGUAAAGAGAAGGUUCACAUCAACAUCGUGGUCAUUGGCCAUGUCGACUCCGGCAAGUCGACCACCACAGGCCACUUGAUCUACAAGCUCGGAGGAAUCGACAAGCGUGUGAUCGAGAGGUUCGAGAAGGAAGCCGCUGAAAUGAACAAGAGGUCAUUCAAGUACGCCUGGGUGCUUGACAAGCUCAAGGCUGAGCGUGAGCGUGGUAUCACCAUCGAUAUUGCCUUGUGGAAGUUUGAGACCACCAAGUACUACUGCACUGUCAUCGAUGCUCCUGGACAUCGUGACUUUAUCAAGAACAUGAUUACUGGGACUUCACAGGCCGACUGUGCCGUCCUUAUCAUUGAUUCCACCACUGGUGGUUUUGAAGCUGGAAUCUCCAAGGACGUUUAUUUGCAUGGACUUUGA